GUUUGAUUACCAUGUCGUCUCUACUUCGUAACUACAGGUUUGCAGCCUCGUCAGCUCGACGAAAUACUUUCACACUACAUAAAUCCCUCAGAGCUGUGUCAUCUGAGUCAAGCGGUACUUCCUCAAUACAGAAUACAGAGAAAGUCGAAACGUCCGUCACCACACCUACUCCUGCUCGAGAUGUCAUGGUAGCAGAUGUUGUUAGUGGAGCUCCUGGUGAACUUCGCCAUCGUCAGGUCCGUAUUUACAAGCCGACACGCAAUACCAUGCAGAGCGGUUCUGGCAAGUCCAAUAGGUGGAGAAUAGAUUUUGAGAUUCUGCAAGGAGGUGGACGAUGGGAACACCAGCUGAUGGGAUGGGCCAGUUCAGCCGAUUACAUGCAAGGAACUCGCAUGUCCUUCCGUUCCAAAGAGGAUGCCAUGCAUUUUGCUGAGAAGCAAGGUUGGGAUUACUAUGUGCAACCUGAACCUGUUGAGCGGAUUCCACCCAAGAACUACAGCGAAAACUAUCUAUAUUCACCCAACAAGCUUCGCAUCUGCAAGACAAAGUAGAAUAGAAUUGUUAGAAUUAAGUACUGUUCAAUAUCUUAUUGUGCGCACGAGUUAUUGUCCGAG